AUGACGCAGCUUCCAAAGGAAAUUCUGCUGGAAGUCUUGCUUUUCGCCCAAAAUUCGAACCCACGACCCCAUGCUUCCCCUCCCCCGCAAAGAUCUGCGUCCCGCCAGGCAACUUUAGCUGCUUGUAUGCGCGUGAACAGGGACAUGUACAGUCUAGCUUCUACCCUGCUGUACGGCCCCAUCAUUAUCGCGGACUCCCUACCACUACUUGUGCGCGGCGUCAAUGAUCCGCCUGUUCCAGGCCUCACCCCCAAGCGCGAACUCUUCGACCGCAUAAAGCACCUAUACCUGGAGUACUCGGACAAGCGGGACGGUCUCGCCCCAAGCGGUACCUUCGUGGAAGGGGUGGAUAGUAGGGUUGCCGAGAUGGAGGCGGAAUUGCGGGGACGGCUGGCGACACCCUGGGAUCACGAGGUGUCGAUAAAGGCGGUGCGAAAGAGUCUGAGGGAGGCGGUACAGCUUGAAUGGGCAUGGGGGGAGAUCAUGGAAGGAGAUCGCCCCAAGCCGAUCUUUAUGUCACUCGAGACAUUGAGCAUCGGGGCGAUCUUCGGGCAAGAUGAGGAGGCGGAGGAAGGGCAGAGAAGCGGAAGUCUCUCCCAGCAGGCGCUCUGGGAUUUCUAUCGGACGGCGCAGACGGCCCUGCUCAACUUUGUCGCUCAUUCCCCGUCGAUCAAACACUACUGCGUUACCGGGACCGGUCCACUGUCGUUCGGCGGGCACAACUUGAGGCGAUUGACGUGCGACAAGGACGCCAAUCGCCGACAUCCCCCGCAGAUGUUCCUGGGGAUGCGGAGCCGCUGGUAUUCCCACACACUCCCGCCAGAAGCGAGGUCGCUUGGCACCCUCGUGUCAUCAUGGCUCCUGGACGCCGCCCACGAGUGCAUAGUCGAACGGGUCCGGUUAGCGGGGGAGGAUGCACGCCGUGAUGUCCCGGACUGGAACAUCACCGGCGGAUUCUACUCUCCAUUCCUUCCGGAAGAUACCUUCCUGCGCGUCACCGACAGCGUGCUCCAAUCUCUGACGGAGUCGGUCAGGGACACUGUCAGCAUAUUUCAUGACCAAUCGGGCCACCCGCGACCUGCCGAGCGAUCUGCGCGUGCAGGACAACCUCGAGAUUCUCGAUAUCCAUGA